AUGCCGUCGCCUCCUCGCCCUCGCGCCGGACUGCACCGCCCCCGCCUCUCCAUCACCGGCUCCACUGAGCCUCGCCGCGCCCCCCCCCAAGACGCCGGCGCCCGUUCCUGGCGCUGCCCCGCCGCCGCUGCGGCUCACGGCCACGACACGCCGGGCCUCAUCGCCGUCGUCGCCCUGCCUCACCCCCGACACCCGCGGCGCCCUGCGGCCGACGUCGCCGCGCGGAGCCCCCCGUCGCCGGACUUCCUCCUCCCCGUCGCCGUCGUCUACCUCACGCCGGCGCCCGUUCCUGGCGCUGCCCCGCCGCCGCUGCGGCUCACGGCAUCGACACGCCGGGCCUCAUCGCCGUCGUCUCCCCGCCUCGCCGCCGACACCCGCGGCGCCCUGAGGCCGACGUCGCCGCGCGGAGCCCCCCGUCGCCGGUCUUCCUCGUCCCCGUCGCCGUCGUCUACCUCGUCCUCUCCCUCGACGGACCACCCCGACCCCCGCUGCCUUUCCCCCUACCGGCCCUGUGAGCUCCGCUCCUCCUCCUCCUUCCCAUGUUCUCGUGCGCGCAAGCCCACGGCCGCGCCCACACGCGCGCGCCCUGGCCCCCCGGUCCCCGACUGCCGCUCCCUGCGCGUGGCCCUGCUCGCCGUCCCCUCCCGUUGUCCGCCGUGGCCGCGCUCCGGCCGCGUCCAGUCUGGCCUCUCACGCGCUCGCGUAGGCCCUCGCCGCGCCCUGUCUCUGCAGCCCACCGGCCGGCCUCGCGCCGCUCCGGCCACGGCCGUGCUCGGAGCACCCCCCCACCAGCUCGCCGGGCCGCCGCCCACUCGCUGUGCCGCUUCGGCGCCCGGCUGA